AUGGCUCGAAGUACGUUUGAUGUUCAUCUUCAACAAAUAGUUGGUGUUUUAUUAAUUGGCGGUACAUUGGUUAUACUACGUGCAAGAGGAGUAACUGAUUUUGAUUAUCUAGCUGAUGUUUUAUACAAAAAACAGAUUACAUAUUUGAAUACCGCACCAGUUUUAUUUCAAAGUUUUUUCAUAUUCCUUGGUCAGUGUAAGAAAACAUAUGCUGUGAAGUAUCUUCGAGCACUUUGUAGUGGAGGCGAAGCAUUCGCUUCCAAACUGAUUGAUCUGAUCCAAGAAAGCAAUAUUCCUAAUUAUACUUUAUGGAAUUUAUAUGGUCCUGCUGAAACGACGAUUACAUCUACAUUUCAUCUCGUAGAUAUAAAAGCUUCUACAAAGUGUAUUCCAAUUGGGAGAUCGCUUUCUAACUAUAAAUGUUUGAUUUUAAAUGAAUUCUUACAAAAUACAUCUGUUAAUCAAGAAGGAGAAUUAUUUAUUGGAGGUGUUGGUGUCUUUGCUGGAUAUCUUGGUCGUGAUGAUUUAACUACAAAAGCUCUGGUUGACAUAGAUGAUACACUAUUUUAUCGAACUGGUGAUCUCGUUACAAUGGAUAACAAUGGUCUUCUUCACUAUCAAGGAAGAAAAGAUCAUCAAAUCAAACUACAUGGACAAAGAAUUGAACUUGGUGAAAUCGAACGAUGUUUACUUAACAACACAUCCAUCUCUGCUUGUGUUGUCAUGAAAUGGAAUGAUGAUUAUCUGGUUGCUUAUGUUCAGUCUUCUUCUAAUAUGAAUGAAGAAGAACUACGUGAACAUUGUCAAUCUCAUCUUCCACCACAUAUGGUUCCAUCGAUAUAUAUUAUACUUGAGAAACUACCUUUGAAUCAAAAUGGAAAAGUAGACAGAAAACAACUUCCGUCACCCGACUUUUCUUUAUCAACUUUAUUAUCGUCCGAUAAAUCUGAUACUCCUCUUAAUCAGCUCGAAGAACGUAUACACACUAUUUGGUGUCAAUUUCUUCAUUCUAAUGAAAGUCGCAUUUCUAGAAAUACCAGUUUUUUUAGUGUUGGUGGUCAUUCACUUCGCUUCAUUGAACUCUAUUAUCGUUAUCAAUCAUUAUUCAACUUCGAUGCUCGUUCACUCUCAAUUGGCCUCUUUCUUCAGCAACCAACUAUUCGACAACAUGCACAACUGCUUGAAACACUUCCCUUCAAUGAUAUCCAGACAACACGAUGGCAAUCACUACAUAACAAUGAAGGUAAAACUUAUUUAAAUUAA